AUGUCGCCGAAAUACAAGGACAAAGAUACCGGCGUCGUCCUUAGCUUCAACGGAAGCUUGAUCAGCUGGGCGCACACAGCCAUCGCGUACACUGCUUUUUUCAGCGCAUUGAUUAUAGGCAUUUCCCUACACUAUCACAAGAUUGUCCAGAAUGAGUUCCACGGUUAUCCGCAAGAAUGGUUUCCCUCGGUCUCAGCAACAAUUGGCGAUCGAUACCCCGAGCGAUCCUUCUUCAUGAUCUUCAUCGCCAUCACGUCCGGCCCGCGAUUUGCCCUGGUCGGCUUGUGGUAUCUUCUCACACGAAAGCCAGGCCAAAAACUGCCCGCAUUCGUCGCCAUCAUGGGCCUUCUGCGAACUCUAACCUGCGGCGGUUGGACAUACAUCACAUCCACGGAUGACCACGAUUGGCACGACAUUUUAAUGAUUUCUUACAUUGUUGCGACGCUUCCGUGGACGACCGGCUGUAUCGCACUCAGCCCCGCUAACCCUCAGGCCAUCAAGUAUCGAAAGUACCUGGCCUCGGCAUUCUUCGGUACUCUUGUGCCAUUAAUCUACUUUUUUAUUCAACACAAGGUUCACAGAGUAGCCGGAGCUUACACCACUUACGCCUUCUUCGAGUGGUCCCUGAUUAUCUUCGAUGUAGCAUUUGACGCUGUUACGGCCCUCGAUUUCAGCACCUUCGAUAUUGAGGUUAGAGAUGUCAAGGGUGCGAGCAAGGGUGACAACUUAUCAUCGAUACCAUCUGCAGUCCUUGAAAAGGAAAAGGAAAAGGCAACAGGUGGUGUAUUCGCUGUUCGUUUCAGCUGGUCCGAGGUACUCGAUGUUGCUGCCGAAGUUUAUCACGGAUACGUUUUUUGGACUAUUCUGACCAGUCUGGGACUUGUGGUGUGGUACUUCCCACUCUGGUAUAUGGGCAUUUCUGGGUACGAAGUUUUGGUUAUGACGACAGUUUCGCCCUUCAUUCUGGCUAGUCGCUCAGCUAGAUCUCUGAUUGUGAACAAUCUGCGGGUUGUGCAUCUCCUAUCCCUUGCGGGCAUUGCUGCCUAUCUCGUCGAGGAGCCCAGUUUACGUCUUUUCACCGUUGGCUUCGGUGUCUUCAUGUCGUGCUUGGGCUGGGCAGGUACUCUCUUUGCAGAGUCUGUCCACGAGGGCCGCCUUGAGUCCAAGAUCCUUGGCUGGAUGCUUGGUUUGAUUCUUUCAUCUACAGCGAAGUUCGCAUGGUGGACCAAUAACCCUAUCUGGCCUAUCAUGCAUGCUGCAAACGGUGGCUGGAACAAUACCGGUCUUGUGCUAGGCGUACUGGCUGCUCUUCGAUUCACCCGAAGAGCACCUCUUACUGCUGGUUUGGCUGCCAGCCCUGCUAAUACCAGCUCGAGUUUCCUAGCAUCACUUGGUCUGGCCGGUUUGUUCUUUGGUCUUCACUCGUUGCUUUCCGAUACCAGCACAAUGAUCCUCUGGGGGUGGGAAGGGUAUCCCAUCCGUGGACCUUAUUUCUCCACCCAUGGCUGGCUCACUGUUCUUGCCAUGUCGCUAGGGUUGUUCAGCGGAGUCUGGCAACCUAGACUUGCAAGCAGCUGGGGCGUCUACAUCAUUGGAACUGCCGGUGCUAUGUUCCUCACCUUUUUCAGCCACUGGUCCGGCUACUAUGGGGCUCUUACACUCGCAACAUACUUGAUGGCCUACUCUGUGCCCAUGCUCACCCAUGCCGCCAAGACGAACCCUACGACCACGUUUGGUAAUGGCUUUCUCAUCUAUAACUUUCUGGUUCUGUUCCACGUCUGGGUUGUGGCCUAUGCUUUUGUGCCAGGUGGCCAGCUUGUCCGCGAGCGUACCGAUUGGGUUAUGUACACCAUGAUGACAUGCAUUGGUGCGGGUGUAUACGGCCUGAAUGCCUCAGGUCCUCAGCGACAGCCUCCAAAACGGUCUUUGCCAACUCAGCAAAGAAAAUAUUUUGGUGUUUCAACCAUUUUGAUCAAUAUUCUCUUCCUCAUCUCAGCGUUCCAACGCUUCCCCCGCAACAACUACCAGCCUUAUCAUGCCGAUGACCGUAUUUUGACCGCCGGAAUUUGGACAAUCCACUUCUCUUUCGAUAAUGAUAUGUGGGCAUCAGAGUAUCGCAUGCGAGAUCUUAUCAAGGAAAUGGAAAUCGAUGUGAUUGGUCUCCUCGAAUCCGACAACCAGCGUAUCAUCAUGGGCAACCGUGAUGCUACCCAAUUCCUUGCAGAGGAUCUUGGUAUGUAUGUCGACUAUGGUCCCGGUCCAAACAAGCACACCUGGGGUGCCGCUCUUUUGUCCAAGUUCCCUAUCGUCAACUCGACACAUCAUCUUCUUCCUAGCCCUGUUGGCGAGCUAGCUCCUGCCAUUCACGCUACUCUGGAUGUCUAUGGUCAGUUGGUAGACGUGUUCGUAUUCCACUCUGGACAGGAAGAAGACCCCGAAGAUCGACGUCUACAGUCUCUUUACCUCGCUGAUCUUAUGGGUUCGACUCCUCGACCGGCAUUCUUGCUCAGCUAUCUGGUGACAAAACCAAAGCAAGGCAAUUAUAACACCUAUGUGAGCGAUAAGUCGGGUAUGAAGGAUGUAGACCCAUCAGAUUGGGACCGAUGGUGCGAGUAUAUCUUGUUCAAACGCCUUAAACGUGUAGGGUAUGCGCGAGUCAGUCGCAGCUCGAUCACGGAUACUGAGCUGCAGGUUGCCAAAUUCAAGAUUCCUGAAUCGAAAGAGGAGAUUGCAAAGCUGGAAGCCCAGUCGGACCAGGAACGCAACCGCCGCGUGCAAGAGAAAGAUGUGCCAGACGGUUGGAAAUUCCCUGCUAUGUUCAGGGGUCAGGGUGUGCGAGAGCACCGAUACCAUGUUUUCAACGAGCCAAGGUAUUAUAACUAG